GAGUCUCUCUCUCUCUUCUCUCUGUUUCUCUUGGAAGCUGCGUACUACGCUGACCAAAGACCAUUCCUUUGUCUAAGUUGCUGCCAUUUACUUCUUCGGCCUUUUCAGCCAUUCCCUUGCAUAAGAAGUUUCAAAUUUUCUAAUCCCACCCCCAAAUUUAAAAAAAAAAAAUCCAUUUUUUAUAGACCUAUUGACUUUCUUCUCUGUUUUAGAUCUUUGCAUUUUUGUAGUUCCAAGUUCCAAAGCUAGUUUCUUGGUAGCACCCUCCUCAACCUCCUCUCACAAUGGCUGGUCGCUAUGACAGUAACCCUUUCGCCGAAGAAGAAACCGAAGUCAAUCCCUUCUCAAAUCCUGGAAGUGUUGCCCCUGCCACCAAUUCAAGGCUCAAACCACUUAAUCCUGAACCUGCUGAUUAUAAUUAUUUUGGUGCGACCGUCGAUAUACCUCUUGAUGCAUCAACAGACUUGAAAAAGAAGGAAAAGGAACUUCAAGCCAAAGAGGCUGAAUUGAGAAGACGAGAACAGGUUUAUUUUGAGAAUCUCAUAUCUUUCUGUACAUCUGGAAUUGUAAUUGAGGAGAAGAACUGGCCACCAUUUUUCCCAAUCAUACAUCAUGAUAUUCCAAAUGAAAUUCCAGUUCAUCUUCAACGAAUGCAAUAUGUUGCAUUUAGCUCAUUGUUAGGUCUAGUGGCAUGCCUUUCUUGGAAUAUUAUAGCUGUCACUGCAGCUUGGAUUAAGGGGGAAGGUGUAAAAAUAUGGUUUCUUUCUCUUAUCUACUUCAUAGCAGGCGUUCCUGGAGCAUAUGUCCUAUGGUACCGCCCACUAUAUCGCGCUUUCAGGAAAGAUAGUGCUUUGAAUUUCGGAUGGUUCUUCAUGUUUUACAUAAUUCACAUUGGAUUCUGCAUCUUAGCUGCAGUUGCUCCUCCUAUAGUAUUCAAAGGAAAAUCCCUGACAGGCAUUCUGUCUGCCAUAGAUGUGAUUGGUGAUCAUACUUUGAUCGGAAUUUUCUACUUCAUUGGAUUCGGAUUUUUCUGCCUUGAAACGUUGGUCAGCAUCUGGGUUCUUCAGCAAGUGUACAUGUACUUCCGCGGCAGCGGCCAAGCCGCCGAGAUGAAGCGGGAGGCUGCAAGAGGAGCAGUCAGAUCUGCAUUCUAAACACACACACACACAGAUGAUAUAGGCCUUGUUUGCAUUUGGAUUCAUAUUGUAAAUUACUUAGCUGCAGAAAAUGAUUUGUGUGUUUUUUUUUACACGUUGAUGAUGAUUGUUAAUUUGUUAGUGUUGUACUUAUAUAGUGGAAUAGAGCAAACAAACAUAAAGCCAUGGCUAUAAUUUAUAUUGAGUGAAUCCUAUAUAUAUAUAUAUAUGUAGUUUUGGUUUACCAUCAA